AUGAUCAUAUGUACGUACGUCCGUCACACUCACUGGUCACUAUAUGUAUGUACGUCCGUCACACUACCACAUGAUCAUAUGUACUGUUUACGACCUCUUAUCGACGAGAUCAAACGUCAACGACCUUCGUAUGGAACUGAUCGUAUCAAAAUUCAUCAUGACAAUGGUAGACCACAUGCGCAUGAAGAUGUAACCGAUUAUCUGGAAUCUAACGGUCUUACAAUAGUACCUUAUCCACCAAAUUCUCCAGAUUUAUCACCUUGUGAUUUCUGGUUAUUCGAUUUGACCAAAGAUAAUCUGACCGAUCAAGAUGAUGCGGAAUCAUUACAUGAUGCUGUGAUCGAUUUCAUGAACUCCAUAAAUCGAGAAGAGUAUAAAAAGACCUUCGAGAAAUGGAUCGAAAGAAUGCAGCUCUGUGUCGAUAAUCACGGACAUUAUUUUGAACAUUUGAUGACAUGA